GCUACGCGACACUUCCGCUUUCACGGGGUUGUGCUGUUUGACAGUAGCAGGUUGUGUAAGGAAGGACACACGUGAGCACACCAGUCUCUACAUCAUAUAUAACAUUGUUUGAAAGUGGAAAUGUCGAGCCUGUCAGCAGCCAGUGUGGAGGCUUCCGCAUCAGUAGAGGGGGCAGAGCAGAAGAAACCACUGAAACCAUGCUGUGCGUGUCCUGAGACCAAAAAAGCACGAGAUGCCUGCAUAAUUGAAAAGGGAGAAGAAAGCUGCACAGACCUCAUCGAAGCGCACAAGGAUUGCAUGAGGGCACUUGGCUUUAAGAUAUAAUACCACCAUCAUUAUCAUCAGAUUGAGUGAAUUUGUGUGACAACCUGUGUGAAAUGGAACCUGGUGUGCUCUUUUAUUUAUACUUUUACACUGUAGGGAAGAUUAUA